UUUUGAACUCGACCCACACAUCACGGCCUAAUGAUGAUGUGCGAGGUGAUGCCCACCAUAUCAGAGGAUGGGCGGAGCGGGACAGGCGGGGGCUCCUCCUCACCUGCAGGAGCAGGACUGGGAGGCCCCGGAGGCACGAUGGGCGGGGGCGGAUUCAGUGGCCGGGAGCCCAGAGGAGAUGAAGGAGGCAGCACGGGGAACCUGGAGUCUUUGAUGGUCAACAUGCUGACCGAGAGAGAGAGGCUCCUGGAGAACCUGAGGGAGACGCAGGACAGCCUGGGCACAGCUCAGCUUCGGCUCCGGGAGCUCGGCCACGAGAAGGAGUCUCUGCAGAGGCAGCUGUCCAUCGCUCUGCCACAGGAGUUUGCUGUGUUGACUAAAGAGCUGAACGUUUGCCGGGAGCAGCUCCUAGAAAGGGAGGAGGAAAUCGCUGAGCUCAAGGCGGAGAGAAACAACACACGUUUAUUGCUGGAACACCUGGAGUGUCUGGUGUCUCGCCACGAGCGCAGUUUGAGGAUGACGGUGGUGAAGAGGCAAGCCCAGUCGCCUGCAGGGGUGUCCAGUGAGGUGGAAGUCCUCAAGGCUCUCAAAUCCCUGUUUGAGCACCACAAGGCACUGGAUGAAAAGGUCCGAGAGCGGCUCCGCGUGGCCCUCGAGAGAGUGUCCAUGUUAGAGGAUCAACUGGCAGCAUCUUCUCAAGAGGUAAUCUCAUUAAGAGACCAAAUUAAAAGACGUCAACAAGGGGUGGACGGCGGGAAAGAUAGGCUACCGAACGGCCCCUCGUCCAGCCUGGAGGAUGGGGAGCUGGAACGGCAGAGGGAGGGAGAAAUCGAGCGACAGAGGUCUGAACUUUCUCAGCUGAGGGAGCGCCUGGCUCUCAUGUGCAGACAGGUCGGGGAAAUAGAGGAACAGCUUGCAGCCGCCAGGAGGGAGGUGACGAAAUCAGAGGAGGCCAAUCAGAAGCUCCAAAGAGAAGUAAAAGAGGCUCUUUGCCAAAGAGAAGACAUGGAGGAAAGAAUUACCACUUUAGAGCGGAGGUAUCUCAGCGCCCAGAGGGAGGCAACCUCUCUCCAUGACAUCAAAGACAAGCUGGAAAAUGAGCUCGCCAGCAAGGAGUCCCUGUACAGACAAAGUGAAGAAAAGAACCGGCAGCUGCAGGAGCGGCUGGAUGAGUCCAAGCAGAAGCUCCAGCAGACUCUGCAGAGGGCAGAGACGUUGCCUGAAAUCGAGGCUCAGCUUGCACAAAGAGUGGCGGCUCUCAACAAGGCAGAGGAGCGACAUGGAAACUUUGAGGAGCGACUCCGGCAAAUGGAAGCCCAGCUUGAGGAGAAGAAUCAGGAGCUUCAGAGGGCGAGACAGAGAGAAAAAAUGAACGAUGAGCAUAACAAACGCCUUUCAGACACAGUGGAUAAGCUUCUCUCUGAGUCUAACGAGAGACUGCAGCUCCACUUGAAGGAGAGGAUGGCAGCGCUGGAAGAAAAGAAUGCACUUUCUGAGGAGCUUUCCAAUAUGAAGAAAAUACAAGAUGAUCUUCUUGCCAACAAGGAGCAACUUCUAGCUGAGCUUGAACGAGUCCAACUGGAGCUGGAUCAGCUGAGAGGCAGACCUGGAUCAUAUUCAAGGGCGGGCAGUGUGAGCUCCCUCCCCUCCACCCUUUUCCGACGCUCUCUUCCGGGGAGCGCUUCGGAGCUCCGUUACCCUCAGGGUAGUGGUUCUCUCCCAGCCGGCUACAGCAGCUCUUCCAGCGGAGUGGUGGUCAGGCGGGCGAACCGUGGCCGCUGGGGGGCCUCUAGGGACGAUGGAAACAAGUAUGGAGAGUGGGACAGCGGCAUGCUGGGACAGGGUUAUGAAGGCGGCGUGGACGGAGGCUGCUCUGAUGACGAGGAGGACAGAGAGACUCUGUUUGGAUCAGAGCUGCUCUCCCCCAGUGGGCAGACAGAUGUGCAGACUUUGGCCAUCAUGCUGCAGGAGCAACUGGAGGCCAUCAACAAGGAGAUAAAGCUGAUUCAGGAGGAGAAAGAGAGCACGGAGCUGAGGGCGGAGGAGAUCGAAAGUCGGGUCAGCAGUGUUGCCCUGGACGGCUCGUCUCUACCCCCUUCCUCGUUGGGUGGACGGGACAGUGCUGGGAGGGGCUACAUGACUCCUUCCAUCACUUCGUCCACCCUGGCAUCGCCCUCACCGCCCAGUUCUGGACAUUCCACCCCUCGACUGCCUCAUUCGCCCGCGCGGGAGAACGACAGACAGAACUCAAAAGAUGGGGAAGACUGUAGAGCCCUCGCCCUCAUAGAUUCUACCCCUCCGCCUGUACCUCGAGCCCUACGACUGGACAGAAUGACCCACACUCACCCGGGCGCCGGUCUUGAUGACCGGCAUGAAUUUCGCAGUCUUUCUGCCGAUGGUGCUACCACUGCUAGCCAGGAUUCUCUCCACAAAGCCAGCAAAAAGAAAAGCAUCAAGUCCUCUAUUGGUCGUCUCUUUGGCAAAAAGGAAAAAGGAAGGAUGGGUACACCUGGACGGGAAUCUGCCUCACUGGCCUCCACUCCCUCGGAUGACCUCGGCUCAGCUGACCCGUUAGGUUUGGCUAAACUCGGGACCGGAACGGUGGAAAAAGAUCGCCGCAGCAAAAAGAAGCACGACUUGUUAGAGGAAGCCUGUCGUCAGGGUCUGCCUUUUGCCUCUUGGGAUGGUCCCACUGUUGUCACUUGGCUUGAGCUAUGGGUCGGGAUGCCUGCGUGGUACGUAGCAGCCUGUCGCGCCAACGUGAAGAGCGGCGCCAUUAUGGCCAACCUGUCGGACACAGAGAUUCAGAGGGAGAUUGGUAUCAGCAACCCUCUGCACAGGCUCAAGCUCCGCCUCGCCAUCCAGGAAAUGGUCUCCCUCACCAGUCCUUCUGCGCCUGCCAGCACUCGCUCCUCAACCAGCAAUAUUUGGAUGACACACGCUGAGAUGGAGUCCCUCACUGCAGCUACCAAACCAGAGCAGAAGGAGUUCAGUUGGGAUCAGAUCUUGGCCUAUGGAGACAUGAACCAUGAGUGGGUAGGAAACGAAUGGCUCCCCAGUUUAGGCUUACCUCAGUACCGCUCCUACUUCAUGGAGUCACUGGUGGAUGCCCGCAUGCUCGACCACCUCACCAAGAAAGAGCUCCGGGGCCAGCUGAAGAUGGUGGACAGCUUUCACAGAGUCAGCCUCCAUUAUGGGAUCAUGUGCUUGAAGCGCUUGAACUACGACAGGAAAGAGCUGGAGAGGAAAAGAGAGGAGAGCCAACACCAGAACCAAGAUGUGAUGGUUUGGUCCAACGAACGGGUCAUGUGCUGGGUCCAAGCUAUCGGUCUUAAGGAGUUUGCAGACAACCUUUUAGAAAGCGGGGUCCAUGGGGCUCUGCUGGCACUAGAUGACACCUUCGACUACACCGACUUAGCCCUACUUCUUCAGAUACCAAACCAGAACACACAGGCCAGACAGGUCCUGGAGAAGGAGUACAAUGCUCUCAUCUCCAUGGGGACAGAGAGGAGGCCGGAUGAGGAUGGCACAAAAACAUUUACCCGAUCGCCGUCGUGGAGGAAGAUGUUCCGGGAGAAAGACCUCCGCGGGGUGACCUCCGAUUCCUCAGAAACGCUACCUGCCAACUUCCGUGCCUCGGCCAUCUCGACUCCGUCUGUCACCUUAAGAAAAGUCCAGAGUGAUGUAAACUCUGGCCCAAGAGGAGAGUCUGCUUCUGUAAGAACAUAUUCCUGCUGAAGAUAAAGUUACCAGAACAACACGUUAACUCUCCAUUCCAAGGGGAUUAAAAAACACAUUUUGGAAAGAAGAAGAAAAAAAAAAACAUUUUGUGGACUGUUGUUACUUUCAGUGGACACUAGAGGAUGACCGACAACUUCAAACUAAGUGUCCCCAAAAAAGCAAAAGGCACUGAGCGAAUAAUCACUAAAAAGAUGAUCAAAAAAACGAGUGGAUGUUUGUUUAUUCAUCAGUUUCUCUCUCUCCCUCUCUGUCUUUUUCUCUCAAUUUUGAUCCAUUGUUGUGGCAUGAUGCUGUUUGACUCUGUAGAAAGUGGCCUGUAGAAAGUGACAGUUGCCUGUUGUGAAUUCAUCUCCUGUUUUUGAGUGUGAGACGGCAAUAUCGACACAACGAAUUUAUAGUUUUUAACGUGGGGAACCUGCAUUCCUGUUCGAAUCAAGAGAACGAUACACAUCCUUUCAUCUGAUUUAGACCGAUAGAAGAACAUACUGACGGACAAGAUCUCAUACAGAGCAGAGGGAGGGGAGGGGAGGGGGGGGAAUGACGAGUAUGUUCUUAAGCCAUAACAGAGAUGAAAUGCACAAAUGUGAAUGGGGACGGCGAAAGCGGAGCUGACAAAGUGCUUUAUGACAAACUCCCAUUGAAACUGGGGAGAAAAAAAAAGAAUUUAGUUGAGGAGCAUUUGUGUUAAUAUGCAUGCCAAAAUCAACUAUUUUAGAGUGAACGUCAUGAUGUCAAUCAUCUAACAGUGUGAGAGCUCGGGUCCAGACUUUGUAAAAUGUGUGUACUUUAUUUUUAUCAUUUUUUAUGAUUACUGAUAUUGUAUGUAUGUAUGUACAGUAUGUAUGUGUGUGUGUGUGUAUUAAACUGUAUUCUCAUUUCAUACUUAGUUUCAAGAUUGUAAUUUCAUUUGAGUUUGACAAAAGAAAAAUGUUUUAAAAUGAUGGACAUUUAAAAUAUGCUACUUGUAUGUGUACAUUUUGAGGAAAAAAAAUGAAAAUGUGUUAUGAUUUAAAUUCAUAUUAUUGGAGAAUAGUGAUAAUUGAAUAUACUGUAAUAUGACAAACAAUAAUGAUAAUGAUUGUAAAAGCUGUAAUUAAAAUAACAUACCUGUAACAUGGUA